AUGUUCAAGAUUUUAAUUUUAUUGACUUUCAUAUUCAUAUGUAUUGAAGGCGACUAUGUACCCGAUUCUCAACGCGCCGAAUUAGUUUUUUACAAUAAAACAAUCGUGAAAGAAAUGCACUUCAAAUAUGGCAAGUACAAUCGCACUAUUUCAGCAAUGAACGUCUCUUACGUCCUUCUCCGCGAUUUUACUGACGCUAAAAUGAUGUUUACAAUCAACGGUGACCAAUUUUUUCACAAUGAGUUUCGUUUCACUGGCCAAAAAUUUGUGAUAAAUGCUUGUCAGCUCUGGAAAUUGAAUAUGUUUCACUUGGUCGAGCAGUUUAAAAAAGCUGGUUGGGUGAUGGAUCUUUGCAAUUUGAAAAAGGGACCGUAUCGCAUUACUAAUUUCAUUUUAGAUUCAGAUGCUUAUCCGAAAUAUAUGCCCAAAGGACUGUGGAGAAUCAAUAUCAAGGUGAACCACGAAAAUGUCGGGGAUAUUCUCUUUGUGCGAUGGUAUUUUGAAUUAAAUUAA